UCAUCAUCGCCCUACGACUCGUACAUUUCUUCCUACCUACAACUUACGUUAACUUCACUUCGAAUUUUUCCUUUAUCAUUAAUCAAUCCUUCUCGCGAUCAUUCCUAUAGACCCUUAUUUCGUCCUCGAAGAUCGACUGUCGCCAUGUGUUGUUCCGCAGACCUAUUCCUCGGCCUCCUGGCCAUCCUCUUCCCACCUCUGCCUGUCUGGGUAAAAACCGGCCUCUGUUCCGCCGACUCCAUCAUCAACAUCCUCCUCUGCAUGCUCGGCUACCUCCCCGGCCUAAUCCACUCCUGGUACAUAAUCUCCAAAUUCCCCGAACUCUACGAAUACGAAGCCGCGACCCCCCAAGACGCCGAGUCCGGCGCCGGCAACGGGCGCGUGACCUACGUCUUCGUCUCGCACCCGCCGCAAUCCGAGCGUCCGCCGCAAGCGACUCCGCAAUCACCUACCCACGCCAACUACGGCACCGCGUCGAACCCAGGCUCCUCCUCGACCGCUGCGGCUGGUGCUGGGUCUAGUAACGGGCACCACGACCCCGCGCCCCCGACGUACGCCGAGGCCGUCAAGGGCGACCACAAGGUGCAGACGCAGGACUAGGCGUCGCCACUACCACCACAAUCGCGCUGCUCCCGCGGUCCCGUCCCCUUCAUCCCUACACCUACACCUACGCCUACGUCUGGGAACCGCUCGUUGCGCCGGUCGGUGUCGGGGUUGUAUCUGCGGGACUUCAGACUAUCUCGGACGUUGCGGGACGUGGAUUACUCGUGGGAGGAAUGGGUGUGGCGUAACGCAUGAAUUCACAGAAGGGUUUUAGGUUGUUUUCUACGGAGUUGGAGGGUCUUUGGUUUCGGGACACGCAUGCAGUUCUAUUUAUCUCCGUUGCUUUUGGCUUGGGUUGGGAAGUGUCGAGAGGGUGCAUGUAACAUCGCAUCGCUACUUUACUGUAAAAAAGAAGACAGCUACAAAUUCACAUGGAUAGCUUUUGGCAGGUUGGUUGGUGAUGGUGAUCGUUACGGUGGUAGUGACGUGUUGCGUUUAAUAAGCAUUGUAAUUCUAGCUUAUCUAUUCUCUGCCUCCGCCCA